AUGACCGAUACCGAAAAACCCACAGCUAAGAAUACCAAAAACGAAGGCCAGUUCUGGCUUGCAGUCUUUGAGUGUUGCGAAUCGCCCCCCAAGAUCGACUUUGACAAAUUGGCCGAGAAAUGCAACUACAAGAAUGCCACCACCGCCAGAGUCAUGUUCAAUGGCAAGCGUAAAGCACUCCGUGAUGCUGAGCUGGCUCUCAACGGUGGUACCGGUGCUGCAGCUCCACCUGUAAGCCCAAAGAGGGCCGUAAGCCGAAGCCGAAAGCGGACGGCGAGGAUGGGAGGACGGCGGCGAACCGGUAAAGAAGAGGGGCAGAGGCAGACCGAAGAAGGUGGUGGCAGCACAGGAGGAGGAGGAGGAGCAGAUUACUACUGCGGAGGAGGAUGCUAG